AUGUCACUUCCACUCCGAAGCGUCACCCGACUACAGAAGGCGAUUCUCCUCGCCCGGGUCGCUCCUCGAAUUUCCGUCCCAAUUCGAACCACAACCACCCUCAACGAUGGCGCCAGUAAAACCCAGGAUUUCUCGACACAUUUCAAGUAUGAGCGCAUCUGGGCCGCCGGACUGUUGCCAGUGAUCCCUGCCGCCUAUUUCAUCCACGGGCCAGUGAUGGAUGCCGUUUUAACGAUCGCUUUGUCGCUUCACAUUCACUGGGGUGUUCAAGCAGUUAUUGCCGAUUACGCUCGACCUUUUGUGAUUGGAGCGGGACUAGCAAAAGCUUCUCGAAUGACUUCGUACUUGUUGACGGCUCUUCUCAUCGCUGGUCUUCUUCAUUUCAACACGAACGACGUCGGAAUCACUAAAGCCUUUUCGAUGCUUUUCUCUUUG